UGAGAUUGUGAUGCUUUCUAGAUCAAAAGAUCUCAAACAGAUAUCUCGGGGAGGUAUGUGUGCUAUCUGGGUGUCCUUUAUUGUUGUGUGUCAUGACAUCAUACUGCCGCUAGAUGUCGGGCAACACAACAUUUAACCCUCACUCGCUAUCAGCGCCAACACCAUUUUCCACUGCAAAUCCAUUGCGGCAGCACGAACACACUGUACCGCAUCCUAAUCACAAAAUCAAUAAACACAUCAAUGCGGCUUGAAUAUCUCAGUACAUUUUCACACCUGUAUAAUCGAAUCCGCGUAGCCUUUCCGCAAAUUCUCGUUUUCAGCCGUUCUGCUACAAAGUUACAUUUGAAUUCCUCGAGGCGGUUUUUUCUUUUUCAUUCGGAAAAUGUAUCAUCGGCUCGUUACAUGUUGACAUUUCCCCGAUCACAGCAGACAAAACUCUGCAGUGAACACAUCUGCUCAGGCGUAUGCUUGGAUUCGGUUCCUUUCCGCGCGUUAAACACAAAAACAGCUUCGUGCUCCAACAGGGGGGAAAAAAUCUGGAAAACCGCAGCAGGAAUAAAACAGCGCGCGACUGUAACGAGAACGCGAGGAAACCGUAGAGGAGGGGGCGCGCGCGUGUGCGCGCGUUUCCUCUCCGCCGCAAGAAUUCAUUGAGAGAGAGAGACACAUGGAAAGAGAGACAGACAGAAAGAGAGAGAGCGGGAGAAGAAAGGAAAAGCAGCAGCUGCACGCCACUCCUUUGUUUUAGGAAAUCGCUUGAAUCAUUCGAAGGACUGGAAAGAUGUAUCGCGUUUCUCUCACGUUUCCUCACGGCGGCCGUUUUUAGGGGCGAAGUUGAAUAAUUUGCGUUUUAUUUAGCGGGAUCGCCAGAAGAGCGUUUGAGACCCGAAACCUUUAGACGCAUUCAGCUUUUCCUGUGCGUUCAUCCUGAAUGCGCGUAGAUUCGUUUGUUCCACCUUUUUCGGUGUAACGUUAGGAGAUACUUAACCUGCGGAGGCAUUUUGAAGCUCGGAGAUUUUUCUGGUCGUGGUUCGAGUCUGUGAUUCACGUCCGGGCCUGAAAUAUUUGCUCUUGAUCAAAGGCCUUUAAUGCGGCACACGCGCGUCAGUCUUUAACGGGGUUUAACGCGUCAGAUGAACAUCAGGUCUGAUCCAUAAAGCAGCGCUGAUCCUCAAACGGAAGAUCUGAUCUUCAUUAUUCGCUCUUCAUACGCAACGUCUGCGGCCCACUUCAAUGUUAAUGUCGACCGACGUCGCAUCUCUAAUGCUGCCCGUGACCCGCGGGAUCACGGAGCGCGAGACUCUGGAUUCCGGUUCGGCCGGGGUUCGGGGGAUGAAACGCGGGGACCCGGACCCGGAGGGCGCCGCAGCAGCAGCGGGGGACUCGAUUGGGGCUGAAUGCAAACGAGCACGAAUGGACGGCACCGGAGAGCUCGGGCAGGGUUCACAGGACAUGUUGGGGUCUCAGGAAGGUCUUGUUCCUCCAUUCUCCAGCUUCCCUCCCCCACCGCCCCCUCCCCCUCAAAACGGCCUUGCGCUGGAGUUUGGGGGGGGCACUAUUUACCCCGCAGGGGGGCAGGGGCAAACGGAGCCGCCAGCAGGAGUCAGCACCCCCUCCUCUAACCCCAGCACUCAACUGUCAGACGGGUCUCCUCAGGCAGAGGUCCAGUGUGUGUCCACUGUCGGUUCGGGCAGUGAAGACUCUUCAGAGAAAGGAACCCCCAAACGACUUCAUGUUUCCAACAUCCCCUUCCGCUUCAGAGACCCGGACCUGCGGCAGAUGUUUGGGCAAUUUGGAAAGAUUCUGGAUGUGGAGAUCAUUUUCAAUGACAGAGGCUCAAAGGGUUUUGGUUUUGUGACGUUUGAGACCAGUGCAGAUGCAGAGAAAGCACGAGAGCGACUGCACGGGACCAUCGUAGAGGGACGAAAGAUCGAGGUCAAUAACGCCACAGCUCGAGUGAUGACAAAUAAGAAGUUGGUUAGUCCGUAUGCUAAUGGAGAAGGUCUCACCACGCUGCCCUACGCUGGGUGGAAAUUGAGUCCAAUGGUGGGAGCCAUGUAUGGACCGGAGCUCUACGCAGUUCCAGGGUUUCCGUACCCCACCGCUGCUGCUGCAGCUGCUGCAACUACAGCUGCGACCUUCAGAGGGGCGCAUCUGCGGGGUCGCGGGCGGCCCGUGUACGGAGCUGUGCGCGCCGCUGUUCCUCAGCCUGCCAUACCGACCUAUCCCGGAAUAGUGUUUCAGGACACACUCGUUAGUGGCAGAAUGCCUCAGAGUGGCUAUGCUGCUUAUCGUUACACUCAGCCGGCAGCAGUAGCAGGACCAACAGCGGCAGCGGCAGCAGCGGCAGCUGCCUACAGCGACAGCUACGGUCGUGUGUAUGCAGCGGAUCCUUACGCGGCUGCACUAGCGGCUCCGGCAGCGGCGGCGGCAGCGUAUGGAGUGGGAGCGAUGGCGACGCUCUACAGAGGAGGAUACAGCCGGUUUUCGCCAUAUUAAACACCUCAAGAACACUUCCAGAUUUUCAGUCUCUCUGAUACUUCAACAGCUGGUGACCUCGGAGGGAAAAUUCAAAUCACACUUUUGGACAAACAAAAUGCGAAACAUGUCUGUUACGAUUGAAACUUUGAACAAGGAAUGCAACUAUAAAUCAACACAUCAAAGAAAGUGGAUUUUUAAAAAGGAAACACGAUAACGUCGAACACUAAAUGGUAACUGAGAUAUCUGACUGAAACUGCUUGACUGAUGAACUCAAAUCAUUUCUUCCUUCGGCUCGUCUCUCAGCACAUAUGCAUGCAGUAAUGGCUUUAGACUGCCUCUAGUGGCCAUUGAACUACAUGUGCACAGAGUGUCAGGACUGCAGUGAACAAAUUUAUACGUCACCCGUCACUGUUUCACACUACAAUAAUUAUCAAUAUUCUUUAAGAAACGCAAGAGACAUUCAUCUGGGCGCUCUUGUCUCUGGUUUAAGGAUCAUCUUGAAAUGCGUGGAUCCCAUCGGUUCUGUGCGGGAGGACGAUGCUAUUAUCCCAAACAUGGCAACAUGAUGAGAAAUAAGCAUCAUAGUCUUUCUUUCUCCAAGAAGAUCUUUGAUGAAAGGAAACACUAACAUCUGUUACAAAUCACAGAACUUUGAUGCACACAAACGGGACGAUGUGUCAUAUUAUUCCGUCUUUGCUGAAAGCUUUGUGUUCUUUAAACAGUACCUCCAUUCAGACCAUUUUGAAAAGGCAUACCUUUAAAAUUAAAUAGUCAUUAUAUGCAAGUAAAACUAGAAUAGACAAAAUUUUACCAAACAUUAUUAUUAUUAUUAUUAAUUAUUAUUAUUAUUAUCGUCAUUAGUUUCUCAAGGUUAUGUGUGUUGGCUUUGAAGGGGAAGAACACAUCCUGAACCCACAUGAAUAAACAAAAGCCGCCAACACCGACGUAAUGAUUAUAGCAAGUAUUUAAAUUAUGCUAAGAAAAUAUUUACAAUUGUUUUUUGUUUUUUUUGUCCGUUUUUGGGAUUGAAGAGCCCUUUUCGUCAAAUACCGACACAAGCUUAUUAGCAUAGUUUUGUAAAAUAUGCAAUUUUCGGCCCAAAUUUCAAAGAGAUGGUGGAUCAUUAAAGAACUACAUAGUUGUUUUUUUUUCGUGGUCUUUGCAGAGUGUGUCCUCUCCCUUCAGUAUAUUGGUGUUUUUGCUUUUUGGUUCCAAAGAUAAGUCGAGCACAUUCUGGAUUGUGUGUAAACGUAUGUGUAAUUCUAUUGUUUGGAUUAUUUUUUGUAUCAAUUGCUUUUUGAUAUUGUUUGAAGUGGAUUGAAAAAGGCUGGAUAUGGAACGGCAACAUCAUCUUAUAGCAGUCCAAGAAGGCCGCCUGGUCACAUGACCAGUUUCUUUAUCUGUGAAAAAACACAUGUAUUUCAUGUUUUUGGCAGGACAUCCAUUUCAGUAGAUAGAAAGUUCUAGGUGUAAGUGUAACCUGGUCAAGGACUGAAAACAUUUGGCCAUUUUAGAGUUUCAAAAUUUUCCGUUGACAAAGAAUCUGAAACGUUGUACUGGGCCUCAAUCUAACCACAACACUAAACCAGACUGCGUUUGUGUUUGUUUUGCUUUUCGUUUAUGUUCAAGAGGUACUUUGCAGUCUAUGCAUACAUUUUCCACAGUAUUAUAUGAGAUUGAAAUGUCUCCGUACCUAAAUUCUGGCUUUUAAAGAUGCUUUUGAAAAAGACACUUCAGAUUUGCUUGUAUCUCUUCUGUCUUUUGUCCAUUUUCCCCUGUUGCAGCUGAAUGGUUGGUGCCGUUACAGAUAACUUGGACUUCUUCACCAUGAAGAGAAGGAAUUCUUGAGUGACAUUUUGUCUCCUGAGGAUGGAGUGAAACGGUUGAAAUCCCCUCCAUUCGUGCAGUAAAGGAUUAAAAAUGCUGUCUCUUUAUUUUCCAUUCUUGCACCUUAUGAAUAUGAUACCUGUUCCACAUACUCCCCUUUGGUUUCCAGUGUAACCGUGUUUUUGAGUUGAACUCUUUCUCUCUCUACAUAUUCUGAUUCCAUUUGUGAUGUAAUUUGUAUCUGAAUGUCCAUAUAAACUUUUUUUUUUAAA